GGAGGAUUUCACUCAACAAAGGACUCGCCAUCUCUCUAUAUACACACAGACACACUCUAUUGCUUGAUUGAUUUUGGGCUGCAAAUUCAAAAUCAACAGUGAUGCUACCAAAAUGCCAAUCCAUAUAGUUCAGAAGCUAAUAGUUCGUAGGAUCUAAAGGUUGUUUGAAAUCCUUCAUAGAUGAUGACAUGCAUGGCAUUCUCUUUUACUUCAUUUUGAAGGAACAUCUAAUAUAUUACUUUUUGUGAGUUAAUUGGCACAGAUUUAGUGCUUUUGAAAUGUUUUUAUACAAUGUUUCGAUGUUUUUGUUUCAUCAUAUCUCAUGACUUUCUUUGAUGGAUGUUUACAUUUGGUCUUAAGCCCGCAUUGUUCAUCAACAAAUGCAGCCCGCGAUCCAUGUUAUGCUGUUGCAGCACAUGUAAUUAUGUUUCUUUAUUUGGAUUUCUAGAAUCCAUAUUUGUGAACAUGCUUCUACCGUCAGUUUGUCUAUCCUGGUGACUCAAAAACAAUGCAGUGACAGAUAUUGUUUAGUGUAAUAUAAUAUUAAAGCAAUGUGAAGACUGAGGGCAUUGCUGGAUGCACCAUAAACAUGUUUUCCAGUUGAUGCAGAUCAAUAUUCACUUUAUCCUCACUAAAGAGGUGUAAGUCUCUUACCUUCUACAGUUCUCCACCUUUGUAAGGAUUUUCCAACUCAAGUACCUAGUCAUUAUAGUCCAGAGUAGUCAUAUUUGCAUAGUCAUGUUGCAAAGCAGUGUUAAAUUUAUGCAAUUCGUUGCUUCUUUGGAGAACUUACCAUAUCUUCUACUUGUGUGUUCAAUGUUAAUAUUGUGGCUGAUGGAACUUUCUUUCAUUUUUCUAAAAUACAUCAUAAUUAUACUUCUCUCUUCAGACCACUUGUCCAAUUGUCCACCAUUUUAUAGAGCCCAUACAAACUUCAUCAGCAACUCUGCUUCUAGUUAAUGGGUAUCUAUUCCUACAAAUUUAUUCUUCAUCGAAAUUCUGAUGCUCUUGUGUGACAUAACUUUCCAUUACUGUGAGUAAAUACAACUUGGAGUUCAGUGCAUCAAGCAACCUGAGUUUCUUCAACAGCCUCUAUUUCACCCUACCCAAAGUAUGUGUUGCUCCAGUCAAACAUAUUCUUAUUCUUGUAGUAAUGAUCUUGCAGUUUGAAUUCCUAUCCUGCAACAUAGGAAUGAAACCAAUAUUUCUGAGAGCUAAUGCUUCAUAAAAACCUGCUCAACAAAUAAAGUUCCUGUAAAGAUUGUGACAAUGUGUCAAUCAUCUUGAAAAUAACCGGUAUUUAUGUGUAAUACUUCAUUCAAUGGAUCUUCCUCUUUGCAUAUUCUUAACACUUUUUCUUGACCUGUACUCUUUAUAAUGGUAAAGGUGCACCUUUCUGUCCCACCAAAUUCUGUCCCAUUUCUUGCUAGGGUUGAAAGAUAAAGUCAAAAUGAUCUGGCUUUUAUUCCCACACAAACAUAAUAAGGCCCUACCUAUCUUCAUAUUCUACCUGAUCUGCACAAUGCCAGGCUGCAUAUGCAGGUUGCGCAGGCUGCAUAUGCCAAGGCAACACAUACCUGUGCUGCCAUAUGGACCGCUUCAUAGAAAAGCUAGCCAUCUUGUAGAAAUAUAGAUUCUUUCCCUUGUAUUAGAUCAGAAAGCGCCACCCAUAAUUUCAUUCCACAAGGAAAAAAGGUGAAACACCAAAGGUGGACAGAGACGAAGGAGAUGAGAAGUGUAAAAGCCUAAAUCAUUAAGCAAAGUAGCAAUCUUAUGACGAGACCCAUCCAAGUUGGAUUAUUGGUAAAGUGGCCCAAACAGGGAACCAUCGUUGGAUUUUUGCUGGUGAAUUCAACUCUAAGUCUCCAUCAGAGUGCAGAGAGAAAUGGGAACUUCAGUUUGAAGCUGGUAUCAAGACAAUUCUGCUUGUACCUGUUAUACCUCAUGGGCUUGUGCAACUUGGCUCAUUAGACAUGGUCACGGAAGAUUCAACACUGGUGGUUCACAUUAAAGAUUUAUUUUCUACACUUUAUCAUAUCUCAGGGACUUGCAGUUCCUUAGCCCCGAGGGUUGAUUUUCUGAAUCCUUUCUCAUCAUUCAGUAUGCCUUCCUUGGGGAAUCUUUCAGCUCCUUCAGCACUUAAGAGUGACUUGUUUAAUCCUAUCCAGAUGCAACAGUUGCCGACUGUUAGCCCUCACAUGCUACAAGAUAAUUUUCCAACCUCACAAGAUGUUAUGGACCAUAUAUUUGAUACAAGCGCAAGACCAUGUAAAUAUGACAAUGUAUGGAAUGCAAGGUACAGCAACCUGUGGAUAGAUCCUGCUGAAGAGCCAUGCUUACUGAAUGGUUCUACUGACCUUGAUAAGAUACUUGAGGGCGAUAUCCCCUUCAUUGAUGAUGAAAUGAAUUCAAUCUCACACCCUACUGAUGUGAUUCAUAGGUUGACCUCUGAACAGAUUGCCUUAUCAAAUGCAUUUGUGAAGGAUGCAGAACACGGUGACUAUGAUCUUUGUAAAGUCAGUGAUGUGACAAAUCAGGAAUUUGAAAAGGAGCAUGCUGAUAUAAAUGGCAGAUUUGUUAAUUUCCCCAUUGACUCGGAGCUACACAAAAUACUUGGGCUUCAUUUUAGUACUGAACAUGAUGACUGUGUAAUGGCUGCUGCUACUCCAAAAGCUGAUGAACAAAGAAGCUCCACUGCCAUCUGCCAAGCAGCAGGACCUGAAUUUAAUGGGCCAUUGAUUGAGGAAUCUAAUGCAUGGUUUGCAAAAGAAAGUGAUGCAGAUUAUCUCUUGGAUGCAUUAUUAGCCAACUUACAGCAUCCAAAUAAUAACUCAUUUGAGACAUUCAGAUGUAUGAAAUCAUGCAGUAACUCAUCAGAAGGGUGUAUGGAUUCUUGCCUGACAUACUGCAGAAAUGAACAGAGUCCCCUCAAUUUGAGAGAUUCAUCUCCAUCAAAUCAUGAACUGCUUACAUUUGUCUCUGAGAAUGAAGGGUCCGCGAGUACUCCUACUGAUUCUCCAUCCAAGAGCAUUGGUAUGUUGAUCAACAAAAAGCAGAACAGUUGCCUGGCCGGGGACAAAAAUGACAGGGGCCCAAAGUCAUCGCAGACUAACAAAAGACGAAGAGGUAACAAACUUCACCAACCAAGGCCUAGGGACAGACAGUUGAUCCAAGACCGAGUUAAGGAGUUGCGGGAGCUAAUUCCUGAUGGAUCAAAGUGCAGCAUUGAUGCACUUCUGGAUAGAACUGUAAAGCACAUGUUGUUUCUUAAAAGUGUUUCCAGUCAAGCUGAAAAAUUGAGGAUGUCUGCAAUUCCAAAGGUUACAGGUGAGGAUUGGAACUCUGAAAUUUCUCAAACUCGGCAAAAUGGAGCCACUUGGGCUUAUCAACUGAGAUGCCAGUCUGAAAUUUGCCCUCUCAAAGUUGAAAACCUUGACCAGCCAGGCCAAAUCCUUAUAGAGAUGCUAUGUGAAGAAUAUGGGCUCUUUUUAGAGAUUGCUCUGGUUAUCAGACGUCUGGAAUUGAUUAUCCUUAAGGGGGUUCUAGAAAGCAGAUCAGACAAGCUGUGGGCUCACUUCAUUAUUGAGGCUUCCAGAGGUUUCCACCGAAUGCACAUUCUUUGGCCGCUAAUGCAGUUACUGCAGCGCAAUCCCAAAGCAAGUUCUGGUUGCCUGGCGAGCAUGUGAGUGCUCCAGAUUUGUGAUCGUCUGUUGACUAAAGUAAGCCACUUUUAUUAAGGUGACAUGAACAAUUUUUACAAACUAUUCUGUGUAAUUCAUAACUGAUAUAGAGAGAUGGCUUUGAAGUUGUAUAAAUUAUUGUAGAAAAUAAGUAAGCAACUGCACCCUAAA